GCCAGAAGCGAGCAUCCAAGCGAGGAGAGCAGCAAGAGUUCAAUAACAGAGGAGCAGAGGUGAAACAAGACAAAACUGGAUGGAGACUAUCUUUCAGGGAAUACCGUUCCUAUGAAACAGAAAGAGAAACAGAAUUCACAGUGGAAAGGAAUGAAAAUCUGACUAGAAAGCUUGACCGUGAAAGGCUGUUAAGAGGUCGUGGCAGAGGAAAAGUUGGAAUACGGGGUAGAGGAAGAGGUGCUGCAAUAAAUAGAAGUUUGGAUGGCUUUGACCAAAGGGGAAAACGUGCAUUUGAAAGACAAAGUGAGAAUGAUAAAACUGGAGUAGAACAGACUGCUGCUAUGGAAGAGGCUGCAGAAACAGCUGAGCGGCUGGGGGCAUCUGAAGGAAAGCCUGUGAACAAAGAUACUGAAGGAGAGCCAAUGGAAGAAGUAGUUCAAGAAAUGACGUUAGAUGAGUGGAAAAGUCUUCAACAACAGAAUCGACCAAAGCCUGAAUUCAACAUCCGGAAGCCAGAAUCCACUGUUCCUUCCAAAGCAGUGGUGAUUCACAAGUCAAAAUAUAGAGAUGAUUUGCAGAAAGAAGACUCUGAAGAUGAUUCUCAUGUCUUUCGAAGACCAGUGAACGACAUAACUUCACAGCUGGAUAUUAAUUUUGGGAGUCUUUCUCGCCCUCGUCGUGGAUCAAGAGGAGGACGAGGUGGUCGUGGUUGUGGCAGACAAGUUGAUGAGACAGGACCUCGACCAGUAGUGGUGCAGCUUGUUGCUCCAAAUCCUGAUGAUCCUGAAGAUUUUCCAGCUUUAGCUUGAAGAACUGUCAUGAAUGGUGGUGUCUCAAAGUAGCUUUGGUGUAGCUGUGAAGAGAUCAGUUUUAGGCUGAUGUGG